AUGAUAAUGAACAAUCGAUUAAGUUGGAGAACACACCUGAAACAAGUCGAAACAAGAAUUGCAGCACGAUUAAGUUUACUUCGUUUUCUGAAUCGAGCUGCAAUUGAACCGAACCACAACAUCAUGAUAAACUUAUACAAGUCACUCAUAAGAACGGUCAUCAUAUAUGGUUAUCCAGUUCUUCUAUCUGCCGAUAACAAAAUAUGGGACCGUAUUCAAAUCAUCCAAAACAAAGCACUUCGAGUGGCAUUAGGUUUACCACAUUAUACGUCCGCCGACUAUAUCCAUCGAAUCGCAAACAUUCCAAGAAUCAAAGAUUAUGCAGUUAAUUUACUCGAACGAGCAACUUCAACUGCAGCAUCAAACAAUGAAAUGAUUUAUCAUCGAUCAUUACAAGACAUUCUCCAAGCAUCACGAACACAACAGUAA